AUGGCGCCAGUGACUUUGAAAACGGUAGAUGAUGACCUUAAAGAUGUGAUCCAGCACCUAUUCGAGAUCCAAUCCGCCGUCCACGGGUAUCUAGGCCCAGAGACACAGCAGGAGCUUGUGCGAAAGAUCAAAAACCUUACCGUCGCCCUCUCGACCCUUUCAACGCACACCCAGCUCCCGCCAACACAAGACAAUCAACCAGACACGAACACAGACCCCUCCAACCCCUCCCUCGCCAGCAUCCAGCUUCCACCAGAGAUCAUCGACUACGUUGACUCGGCGCGCAACCCAGACAUUUAUACGCGAGAGUUCGUUGAGCUUGUGCAGCGUGGGAAUCAGGACUUGCGUGGCAAACGCGAAGCCUUUGCGAGCUUCCGCGACGUGUUGGCCCGCGAGAUGCGCAGCGCUAUGCCCGAGUGUCGCGGUGAAGUCGAUCGGGUGAUUGCUGCGACGGGUGGGGCUGUUGAUGGAUCUGAUGAUGUUUCUGGGGCUGCGGCUCCAGCUACGUCUGGGGGUGGAAAUUGA